AUGAUUCCAAAAGCUGUUAUUUUUACUGAUUUCGACGGUACUGUUACAUGGCAGGAUUCCAAUGACUAUUUAACUGACACUUUAGGUUUUGGUAAGGAAGAAAGACUAAGAAUCUUCGAAGGUGUUCUUGAUGGGACUACCUCUUUCAGAGAGGGAUUCACUCGUAUGAUCAAUUCAAUUACCUCUCCAUUGCCAGAGAGUGUGAAAAUAUUGGAAGAGAAGAUUCAAUUAGAUCCAGGUUUUAAAGAAACUUUUGACUGGGCCCAAGCCAACAAUGUUCCUAUCAUUGUUGUCUCUAGUGGCAUGCACCCAAUCAUUAAACAUCUUUUAACUAAUUUGCUUGGUGCAGAACAUAUCGACAAGAUUGAUAUCGUAUCUAACGAUGUUGAAUUGGAUGAAAACAAUAAAAUGACCGUAGUCUACAGAGAUGAGACUCCAUUUGGACAUGAUAAAUCAAAGACUAUUGGUUUAUAUAAGGAAAACUUUGAAAAAGAUUUAGCUGAUGGUCAAGUUAGACCAACAUAUUUCUACUGUGGUGAUGGUAUCUCUGACCUAAGUGCUGCUAAAGAAUGUGAUUUAUUAUUUGCUAAGCGUGGUAAAGAUUUGAUUACUUAUUGUAAGAAACAAAAUGUUCCAUACCAUGAAUUUGAUACUUUUAAAGAUAUCUUGGAGAGUAUGAAAAAUGUUUUGAGUGGAGAAAGAACUGUUGCAGAAUUGAUGGACAAUUAA